GAAGAAUUUGAUUUACUGUAGUGGCAAAUGGACGACCAACCUCAAUCGCAGCCGUUUCCGUCGCCGUCGCCGCCGGGAGGUGGAGGAGAAGAAGCGGCGAAGAGAGAACAAGAGGCCAAUUCUGAAACCAAACCUAAAUCUGCAGUUCGAUGCAACAACAACAACAAUAAUUUGUUUGGAAGACACAGAAUCACAGCGGCCAUAACCAGACUCCAGAAUGAAAUCAGUAUCAUCGAGGAUGAGUUGCAGAAGCUCGAGAGCAUAGGCGAAGCCUCCACCGUCUGUCAAGAACUCGUCUCGAGCGUCGAGUCGUUUCCUGAUCCGCUGCUUCCAGAAACAAGAGGCCCGACGGACGCCAAUUGGGAUCAGUGGUUCCGAGGAGCGCACGGCAGCCGCAACCACAGACGGUGGAUCUGAUUCCGAAAAGAGAGAGAGAGAUCCAUUCCCGCGAUCGCCAUUGAUUUUCAGGUGUUUGAGAUCGGUUGCCGCCAGAAUGUGCAGAAGAAAGGAGAAGACUCGGGGGAACCGAAACGGCAACGUUUCGUCAUGUAAAAGUUUUUGGGUUCAGUAAUUCUCAUUACGAUUCUUACUUAUAUUUUAAGAAAUUUUUCAUCAUUGUUUGUCA